GAUAAGCGGCUUGCAGUCCCGUCAAGAUACUCAAUUCUAUCGUAAAUUCUUCUACAUCACUUUGCUCCAGCAAUUGGUCUCUUACAACUUCAUUUUUAUUUGAAUACAUCCACCAUGGCUGCCAACAAUGAGAUGGAAUACGUCCGCCUGGGAAACUCGGGACUGAAGAUCUCUAAAAUCAUUCUGGGCGCCAUGUCCUAUGGCGCCAGGCAGUGGCAGGAUUGGGUACUCGACGAGGAGGAAGCCCUCCCUCUGAUUGAGCAUGCCUACAAGCGUGGAAUCAACACGUGGGAUACGGCCGAUGUCUACUCUCACGGCCGUUCCGAGGAAAUCAUUGGCAAGGCCCUGAAGAAGUUCUCCAUUCCCCGUAACCGGGUUGUCAUCCUCACCAAGUGCUACUUCGGUGUGGACGACCAAGGUAACUUCCCUCCGAUUUCAGCUUCCGGUGUUAACGACGGUGGUUUCGUCAACCGGGUUGGCCUGUCCCGCAAACACAUCUUCGACGCCGUUGAUGCCAGUGUCGAGAGACUGGGAACAUACAUCGACGUUCUGCAGAUCCACCGGCUGGAUCGUGAUACCCCACGUGAGGAAAUCAUGCGGGCUCUCAACGACGUGAUUGAGAGUGGCAAGGUCCGAUAUAUCGGAGCCAGCACGAUGGCUGCAUGGGAAUUCCAGACUCUCCAGAACAUCGCCGCCCGCAAUGGCUGGCACCAGUUCAUCUCCAUGCAAAACUACCACAACCUGAUCGCCAGAGAAGAGGAGCGCGAGAUGAUCCCAUACUGCCGUGACACUGGCGUGGGCCUGAUCCCCUGGUCGCCCAUGGCUCGUGGUGUGCUGACCCGCCCCUGGGGCUCUCGCUCUACUGUGCGUGAAGCAACAGAUGGGGCACUCAAAUUCCUCAUCCGCAGCCGCGAGACAGAAUCCGACAAGGCUAUCGUCGAUCGUGUCGAAGAGAUCGCCAAGAAGAAGGGCGUCAGCAUGGCCCAGGUGGCCAUCGCUUGGUCGCUGAGCCACCCCAAUGAGAACCCUAUUCUUGGACUCAACAGCAAGGAGCGCAUUGAUGAGGCUGUGACCGGUACCAAGGUCAAGUUGACCGAUGAGGAAAUCAAGUACCUGGAGGAGCCUUACAUCCCUAAGGCUAUCACUUCUCUGGAGCGGUAAAGAAUAGAAUACGAUGAUCAUCUAUACAAACAAAAUGUCAUUCUAUACUCUUCUGGAAACGUAUUGUUCGGUCACUCAAAUGAGCUCUAAUAUGAAAUCCAAUUACUGUUGACAGAAAGGACGAACGAACUCGUCGUCUUCAUGCGCUUGAAAGUCAUAUCAGCGAUCAACAGGAUCAGUGAACAAGCCUUGCCCACUCUCUGUUAGUAGGCCGAUCGCUCACAACAAACCCCACCAACCAAUCAUACUACUUGGAAGUUAGAACUCUGCAAUCCUUCGGAAACUAAUCCCACUACGUUCCUACUAGCUGGAAAGUACU